AUGCGGGAUCAUUUCCGUACCGUCAAGAAGAACAUCGACGCUAACAUCAUCCAUCACAGCGGCGGCGUGGCGGCACCUAGGGGAGGCAGUGGAAAGUUCCCCUACAGCAGCCCCCUCAUUCUCCCGAAGUGUGCUACGAUGCAGAACACCUCAGCGCUGGCGGGAAUUGCGUGUCCAAGGUGCGGGAAAAGGGGUUCGCCAGAUGGAUGGAAUCCCAAGGGGCCACGGCGGGUGUUCAUGGAGGAAGACGUGGGGUACAUCAUAGGAUUCCGGUACAAGUGCGAGCGGUGUGUCGAAUACAACGGGACCGUGGAGGAGUCGGAGCAGCGCCCUACCAGUUUCAACGCGUGGGAUGUCGGAUGCCUGGAUCGCCUCCCUGACUACGCGUCGAAGGAAUUUCCUUUUAUUCUCACUCAUCGGUCGGGUAUCGACAUUCGUCUUGUCGACCGGCUCGCNAUAUGUGGUGUCUUACAAUUUGUAAACCGCGCGGAUCAGUUCGCCGCCUGUUUGACUGUCGGCUGUCCCGCUUGUUUGUUCGCAGACAGGUACAAGUGCGAGCGGUGUGUCGAAUACAACGGGACCGUGGAGGAGUCGGAGCAGCGCCCUACCAGUUUCAACGCGUGGGAUGUCGGAUGCCUGGAUCGCCUUCCUGACUACGUGUCGAAGGAUUUUUUUCCUUUCAUUCUGACUCAUCGGUCGGGUAUCGACAUUCGUCUUGUCGACCGGCUCGCAGACGACCUGGCCCAUGGGAAGGGCUUCUCCGCCGCUGCCAAGGAAGUUUCGCGAAACACUGUUCCCGGUACUGUCUACGACGUGCCGUUCUGA